AUGGAAAGAGUGGUGUAUGCGCCGAUGGCGGAGCAGCAGAAGUUGGGCUACUUCUCGACCGCGGCGCUGAUCGUCAGUAAGUGCAUCGGCACUGGCGUCUUUGCGAAGCCGAGUGUCGUGCUAGCCAAUGCCGGUGGGAAGGGUGUGGCACUCGGGCUAUGGUUUGCCUGCGGGCUUAUGAGUCUCGCUGGGCUGAUCGUCUAUGUCGAGAUGGGACUGGCGCUGCCAUUUUCGGGCGGAGAGGUUAUCUAUGUAGACGAAGCCUACCCGCGGCCCAAAUACCUAGUCGUGAUCGUGAUCAGCCUUCUCUUCGUGAUGUUAACGCACUGGGCUGGCAACUGCAUCACGUUCGCGAAGCUGAUCCUUCAAGCGUUCGACCCGGGCAACGCCAAUCCCUCGUACCACCUACAGAAGUUCAUCGCGCUGGUGAUGCUCACGGCGGUGUGCGCGGUCCACAUGUUCUCGCGGAAGAUGGGCAUCGCGCUCAACAACUUCCUGGCGAUCUACAAGGUCUCGCUCGUGCUGUUCAUCAUCAUUGUCGGGUUCGCGGCGACGGGGAGGACGCAAGGCGCCGCGGAGGGGUUCAGGAACCUCGGGCUACAACAGCUCGUCGAGACGGAGAAGAAGAGUAUGCAGGAGUAUGCGAGUGCGAUCCUGGGUGUGCUGUGGGCGUACACCGGGUGGGAGAAUGCGAAUUAUAUCCUGUCAGAGGUGCGCAGGGGACCGCCGGGCCAUGAGGGAAGGGUCUUCAAGGCCGCGGCGUUCGUGAGUAUUGGUGGGUUGACGCUGCUAUAUAUCCUCGCCAAUAUUGCGUAUUUUACGGUGUUGAGUAAUGAGGAACUCCUGUUGGAGGGGGAUAUCGUUGCGGCGAAGUUUUUUGUCAAGGUCUUCGGCAAAAGCGUCUUCUCCGAGCGGGUGCUCAAAGUGAUGGUAGCGCUCAGCAUUCUAGGCAAUUUCAUCAGCAGCACAUACUCAGUGGCACGGGUGAAGCAAGAAAUCGCCAAACUGCGGAUCCUACCCUUCUCCCAAUUCUGGGCGCGACAAUCCCACUACGACACGCCAUCUGGCGGUCUUCUCCUACACUGGCUAGUCUGCGCCACCUUCAUCGUAUUCACGCCCAACAACCAGAACGACGAGGUAUACAACCUGGUGACGGACCUGUUCGUGUACGGGCAGACAUGGAUGAUCAUCGCGGUGUCCCUCGGCAUCAUCGCACUGUACUACCAGCCGCUGCGGAACUGGCGGCCGCAGCUGUUCCCGUUCGCGGUGCUCGUGGGUAUCAUCGCCGUCUACGUCCCCGCGCAGCUGUUCGUCGUGAUCCUCUCCUGGUGGCCCGCGCCCGACGAGGUCGAGAAGAGGAAGGAGAUCCCGUCAUAUGUCACCCCCGGCGUCGCCACGGGGAUCAUCGCCUUCGGUUUGGUGUACUGGAUGAUGUUCGCGAAGGUCCUGCCUGCGCUGGGCUACGAGGUCUCGAGUUGUCCUGAUGAGCUGGUCGAUGGCAGCAGGAUCGUCACGUACAAGAGGUACAAAACGGGGUUUGCCAAGCGCUGCGAGGAGUGGUGGGAUACCCGCGUGUUAAGGAGGCGGAAGGAGGUGCUGUUGUCUUGA